AUGUUGUAUGCAAAAGAUUUUGAAUAUUUUAAACCUAAAGCACUGCGAAAAUCAUAUCUGCAAACAUUUGAAAAUAACAAUGGAAAAAACAAAAAGUUUUUACGGCAACCUCGAAUACAAUCGGCAUCCAACGCAAUGGAAUCAAAAAAAGAAUCCAAUACGCUGUGUUCAAUUUUAAAACCUUAUGUGCGAGAAUAUUGUGAUACUUCAUCGUUGCAUGGUUUUCGAUAUUUAACCCAUCCGGAGUUGAAAUAUUAUGAAAAAAUAAUUUGGUUGCUGAUAAUAAUCGCAACAACUGUUGCCUGUUGUGUUGUUUACUUCGACUUGUCGGAAUUGUACUACAAUCAACGUAUUCAAACCACCGUGGAAGACUCAGUACAUCCCCUCUUCAUGAUUGCAUUUCCAUCGAUCGGUUUAUGUCUACCAUAUCGCAUCGAUUGGCAACGCUUACAAAAUGAAGCUGUUAAAGAAUUUCUGCCGUCAAAUGCAACCGCUGAAACCAUACAAACAUUUUAUGCAUUUUUUGACAUCUUAGGAAGUUUAAAAUUUUCAGAUCUUGAACGGCUUGGACCAUUGUUUAGUAACAAUUCCCAGGUUAAUCUCAGUCUCAUCGACCAUCUGAAUAUCAACAGCGUUAUGAGGUAUUUGACGUAUUCGUGUAACGAAGCAUUUGUCGGGCACUGUGUGUGGCGUAACAAACGUUACAAUUGCUGUGAUCUCUUUGCACUGGAGCGUACUGAGGUGGGCUUUUGUUUUGUCUUUAAUUCCAUGGUUAAUCCAGACGAUAAAGCCAAGGCGGAACGAAGCCCUUUCUAUCCCUAUCAUAAUUCCAAAGCUGGCGAAGGAACAGGACUGAAAGCCAGAAUGGUCAUUGAUGAGAGUAGAAUUCCACCUGAUGUCCGGGGUAUUUAUGUCAUGAUUAAAAAACCCGAUCAAUGGAAUGCCGAUGUGAAAUAUGCCAAUUAUAAUACAUAUACCAAAUUGGCCAUAUCCACUCAGAUAACUGAGACCAAUGACCGGAUUAAAGUAGUCAAACCCGAAGUCAGACGUUGUAUUUUUGAGGAUGAAUCCAAUUCUGAUGUGUACAUGAAAAUUCCCGGACUCAGAUAUUGGGUUGGCAAUUGCCGUACCCGCUGUCAUCAGCAAUAUGUUCUCAAGUAUUGUAAAUGCAAUUUAGAAUUAUUUUUUCCAAGAACCAAAGUUGAUAAUUUUACCAGGUGUAAACCAUCCGAUUUUAAGUGCAUUUACGAUCAUUCACAUAUUUUUGCGGAAGAACAACAUGCAUUCGAAAAACAAUUCAUUGAUGAUGUUGCUAACGACAGCAUGACAUGCAGCUGUUUCAAUAGCUGUAGGCAAAUUUUAUAUGAUGGAUUUUUCAGUCGAGCUGAACUGGAGGGAAUUGAUCCAGCGGAUAAAAAUAAAUAUGUACAGCUGGAUAUUUUCUCGCAAUCAUCAUACAUACUAAAAUAUCGCAAAUCAAUACGUUUCACAUUUGUUGAGUUAGUGGCAAACUUUGGCGGCAUCAUGGGUCUCUUUUUGGGUGCAUCUUUGUUGAGUGCCGUUGAACUUGUCUAUUACUUUACCAUUGGCCUGUAUGUUCGUCUGCACAAACAGAUUCGUGAACUGUUUGUGACACGCCACAAGAAACCGAAAGUUCAAAGAACUCGUAUCCAGCACAAAAAUGUGAAAACAUCAAAGAAAAGACAAAAUAGCCCAUACAAAUAUUGA